UGUCAUUUUUUCACAAAUCAGUAUGGUCGGAACGUAAAAUCAUCAAGUGCCCAUUUUAAAACCCAAUCCUUAAAAAAACAUCAAGAAUUAUGUGCAAAAAUUAACAGUGUCAUAACACCACAAAACCGAGAUGUACCCAUUUGACAUCGUUUUAUGGAAAAAUAUAUUGUUGCCAUUCCGAAAAGGGAGAUAAAACUAAAUACAUGUGAGUCGUAUCAAUCUCACGCCCGGUAGCUUCGAAACGUACUCGUAAAACAGUUUGAUUUAUGGAGCCUAACCUCCACUUAAGUUUAUAGAAGUAAAUAAAUAUAAAUAAUUUUUGACAUUAGCCACAAUGGAGCAGAUCUUCAUGAUCGAAGUAUUCGUCAAAAAAAUCAUACUGAAAAUAGAACCAUACGUCAAGGAUGAAUGGGAAAUACAACAGGAGGAGGAGGAGAGAAGGAGGGAAGCGGAACGACUUGCUGCCCUCGAAGCUGCUAUGAAAGGAAAAAAGGGCAAAAAGGCUAAGAAGCCAAAAAAACCUAAGGGCAAAAAAGGUAAGAAGGGAAAAAAAGGAAAGGAACCACCGGGACCAUCAGAAGAAGAAAUGAAAUUCAUGCAAACUUGCACGAUGCAGAUGAAUUGUCUGCCACUCUUUGAUUUCUACGUAGCACAUGAUAACUUUGUUCCACCUCCACCUCCCCCUCCUCCCCCUAAAAAAGGAAAAAAAGGUAAAGGUAAAAAAGCGAAACCAAAGAAAGGGAAGAAGGGUAAAAAGGGUGGUGGUAUACCACCUAUUAAGCUCGUGCUACCGUCGGAACCAUUACCACAACCGCCUUACUUUGGUGUAGGAAACUCAGUGAUGUUCCUUUCAAGACCUUCUAAAUUAGAGGAAAUGUUAAGAAAAACACCAAUUUACAUCACAGUGUGGAACAGAGAUCAGGACAUGGGCUGUAUUGGCUUCUGUAACGUUGAAUGGCAUGAAUCAUUCUUCGAGUGUUUACAGAAGGCAGAGGAACUGAAUCCCAUAAACUAUGACCAAGCCGAAUUCAGGGAUACAAGUAAACCAGAAAUGGUGACCAACACAGUCGAGAUGGUUCGACCAUUGCAAUGCGAAGAGGAUUUGAAAGCCUCAGGGGAAAUCGAAUUUUACAUUCGGCUGACAUGUUUGGGGAACAAGGUGAUAAGUAGCUUCGUGUCGUUACCAGAGAUGGAAAGAAUACCCGGGAGGAAAUAUCUUAUCGAUGAUCUGAAACUUAAAGAUAUUGAAGUGGUAAGGCAUUGGGAUGGAACAACGAUCGACGCAGUUCCCCCAGUAGCAUACUUUUUCAGUGCCCCCGAUAUUACUAGAGAACCCAUAAAGCCUGUUGAGGAAGUCGUGGUUUAUGAGGACUUUGUCGCUCCGUUUACACAAAGUGAGCUGGCAAUCCUUUCCAUGGGCUUCCCGAAGGGGCCUUGCGGUGGUACUAAUUGUCCGAAACGAAUGGAGUAUAGGGGAAGUCAGCACCAGUUUAUUCCUGGCGAGGUGAUCAAGGGCAAAUACCAGCAUGGUCAGUUUGUGAACAAGCGUGAUGUCCAUGGCCCCUGCGGUAGACUCGACUGCCCGUUAGCCAAAAAGGUUCGGUCUUACCUCUGCACUGAUGGUAGCUACAAGCCAUGUAAGAAGCCUUGCUGCAAAGACUAUUAUUAGUUUCGUUAGAAGUAAAUUUAUGAUGGGAAAAACAGUGAUUUGAGUAGGUUAGGUUGUCGUUAAAAAUUAAUAUAGUUAGUAAUAAGAAAUAAUAAAAUGACAGACAAAACAUUAAAA